UUCCGCAACACCAAAACGGGCAUCGCAGCAGUGUCGCGGAGUCGAGUCCUUUUUGAAGAGGAAUAUGGGUAUACUCUCGCUGCUGCUAAGUGUACUAUCAACUUCGCCGCGACUACGGAUGGCGUAGCUGCCCAGAUCGGGCCAUCACACGAGUAGACCUUUUCACUUUUUUCAUGUCAAUUGCACCUUCAAGGUCCCCUCUCGCGCCCGCUUCUAGCCCAUCUCGACUCACGUCCAACCAAAUUCGCAGUCUCUUUGUCAUGUUCUUGCAAAGUAGCGACUGGCGCCGUGAGAAGACAUCAUGCAGGGCUUGAAAGAUGAGAUGCAGCCUAACACAGCGAUACUCUUUCAAAACGCAGACCGCGAUGUCACGCUCAUUGACAUACCCAAGUCCAUUGCGAUGGCACAGGGUCGCUCGGACACUCUCCUCUCCACCGCCCCACUAGAAGCGCCUUAUCAACUGCACGAAGAACCCAAGACAUCGCAAGCCAAGAAGAAUCACUCAUCUCACUUCACCGAUCUGCACAUCGAGUACAGGAGUACGAUCCAUGCAGCUCUCGCCGAGAUCCGAAGUCACACAUCUGGGCCAUGGUGCCUACCGCGCAAGCUCAUGACGCAGCUACCAAAGCACGGGGAGAUGCAACUCGACGACCCAGAAAAGGAAAUCGAAAGCCGGCUGCAUGAGUGGUCCGCACUCGCAGAAAGCAAGGAGGAGGACACGCACUUCGAUUUCCAGAAGAUGAUGGCCUCCAUCAGUGCGACACCUGACCCAAAUGCAACCGACAUUGAAGCCGUUUCACACAAAUGGCUAAUGUCGUACACACCUCCACGCGACGACGCACAGAUACAAUCGAACCAGGCGUCGGAGCCAUGGAAAUCCUCCUUUCACAACCCGGAGGACCACCCGCUUGACAUUCACGUGCGAGAAGGCGUGACACAAGCUGGCCGCGAGGCGCCCGCGUAUCGUUUCACGAUACCCCCGCACGCGACCUUCUUCCUUGGCGAUUCAACACACUCAGACAUGUUCCGUGCUUCGUUCCGCCAACUCACGGAUGACUACGUACUCCCGCGGCAUUUCGACUUGGUGCUGCUCGACCCGCCGUGGCCAAAUCGAUCGGCGAAGCGGAAGGGCGCGUACGAGCAGGCGGGUGGCAUGCGGCACAUGAAGAAGGUGCUCUUGGGCAUGGACAUCGAUAGUUAUCUGGAGCACAACGCGUUAGUGGGUGUGUGGAUCACCAACAAGGAGGCGAUGCGCACACAGGUGCUCGGCCCUGGAGGCCUGUUCGAAACAUGGAACGUGGGUCUGGUAGAGGAGUGGAUUUGGGUGAAGGUCACCACCUCAGGCGAGCCGAUGUUUGACAUUGACAGUGCGCUACGGAAACCGUACGAGGUGCUGCUGUUGGGCAGAGCGGCGCCAAACGCGUGGACGACCAUGUCACAUGCGCGUGUGACGAAAAGGAAGAUCAUUGCGGCUGUGCCUGAUGUGCACUCUCGCAAGCCCUGUCUGAAGGAGUUGCUUGAGCCGUACAUGCCAGAUGCGAGAAAGUAUAGCGCGCUGGAAGUCUUUUCGCGACAUUUGGUCGUUGGAUGGACAUCUUGGGGCAACGAGGUCAUCAAGUACAACUGGGAUAGGUAUUGGGCACUAAGUUGAGGUUGAGCAUCAGAUUAUCAUGAGAGCCAUAUAUCACUCUCAUGAUAAUCCAUUACUUCGUCAGGACUACUACAGCAUCAUGGUUGUUGAGAUGCCUCCUGCUCUCUGGUUCUAUCCAGACGAAUAUCUGGAGAAGAAAGAGCCCAUCGAUGAAAAGAAGAGGAUGGAUAGACUACUGCCGGAAAUGGCCUACGCUUCAUUUGAUACCUGAACAAUGCAUAAAAGCGACUCACUUUGACGACGAGGUCCCUCGCUGGUGGAGUGCUCCUUCCUCUGCAACGUGCAUUCCGCAUCGGGCAGCAAACGGACAAACGAACAUCGACGUUACCUCUACACUUGAACACCUCUCAGCCGCUGCUGCCAGUCUCAUUGAACACAUUUGUGAUAUGAUCCCCUUCACUUGAUACCAUCCGCGGACGGUAUUUGCAGCAGUCUUUCUACUUGCAUGACCGGUGAGCCGCAGGCCGAACUGUUCGCUAUGCUCGAACCGUCUCCGACA